AGAACAAACCUUAUUCUCCUGUUCUGGCAAUACUAAAUUCCUUGUAUUUUCUAUACAAAUACUUUUCUUUUUUCCUGCCACACUAAAUAUAAAAUUAGUAACAUCUUUAUCCUCUCACAUUAUUAAACAAUAAUAUUAAAUAUUAAUUAAUAAAUCUUACUCUCUCUCCUAUAAUUCUAACUCUAAGGGUUGUAAAGAUAGAGUAUAGCUUACCUCAAUCAAUCAAAAAGCUCUCAAAACAUUGACACACAAACCAAAAAAAAAAAAAGACAACAACAUGGGUAGAGCUCCUUGUUGUGACAAAGCAAACGUGAAGAAAGGUCCUUGGUCUCCAGAAGAAGAUACUAAGCUCAAAUCUUACAUAGAACAACAUGGUACUGGUGGUAAUUGGAUUGCUCUUCCACAAAAAAUUGGUUUGAAGCGUUGUGGAAAGAGUUGUCGUCUAAGGUGGCUAAACUAUCUUCGCCCUAAUCUCAAACAUGGUGGUUUCUCCGAAGAAGAAGAUAACAUUAUUUGUAGUCUUUACAUUAGUAUUGGAAGCAGGUGGUCGAUAAUUGCAGCACAAUUGCCAGGAAGAACAGAUAAUGACAUAAAAAAUUAUUGGAACACAAGGUUGAAAAAGAAGCUUUUGGGAAAACAUCGUAAAGAACAACAACAACAAGCGCGUAAUAGAGGCAACAAUGGUGUUAUGAUUAAGCAAGAAUGCAAUAUGAAUCGUAGUGAUCAAUAUUCCUUGUCAAAUUUGGUUCAAGAACAAUCAUUUUUGCCACAUGUAAUGCAAAAUAUGCUAUCAACACCUCCACCGCCGCCGCAGCUGCAGCCACAGCCACAGCCGCCAAUGUUGUCAUCAUACACAAACCAAGGCUUCAAUGAUCAAGAUUCUAUUAGAAAACUACUUAUCAAGCUUGGAGGAAGAUUUUCAGGUGAUUAUCAUCCUAGUACUAAUAAUAACUUUGAUGGUUUGAAUCUUCCAUUCUCAAAUGCUACUUCUUCAUCUCAUGAACAAGUUUAUGAUCAAGAACAUAUUGGAUCUUCUACUUGUGUUAAUUCUUCCAAUGGUAACAAUAAUAACAACCAAGUACAAUUUGUACAAAAUGGUCAAUACUUUGACUCGGUGCAAGAAGAACAAGGAAAAUUUAUUCAAGAAAUUGAUCAUAUGGUAUCUACUAAUAAUUUUCCACAAAGAUUUGAUGGGUUGGAAUUCUUUUUUGGUGAAGAAGACAUGAGUAUUAACAAUAAGAUAGAAGGUUCAAGUACUAAUUGGGGUGAUGAAGCUACAACUUCAAGUUAUCAUCAUCCUCUUGAUUCAAAAUACCAAGGUUAAUUAAGUUGUGAUUUAUGAGUUAAGGUUUUAAUUUGCGGUUGCAAUUAAACAGUUACGCUGUAAACUUUUAUAUUAUGAAAAAAAUGCAUGCAACUGAUGUGGUUGAAAUUGCAAUUACAAUAUAUGCCGUUGCAGAGACUUCAAAAUCUUUUAUUUUGCUGUCGCAAUAGUUGCAUACUGCAAUUAGACUAUAAAUUCGGAGUAAUUAAUAAUAUUGUGUACAUUAUUGUUAAUUUCUGGUACUGGUCAUCAUUAUAUUGUUUGCUUGAAGUUUAUUAUUACAAACAAUAAAAUUGGAUAUAUGUCUACUCAUA